AUGCGUCUCCAGACGGUGCUGUCACUCUGUUUCGCGCUCGCUGCCACGGGGUUUCAGCACAAUCCGCAGUGCACAUGCGUCCCUGGAGAUGACUGCUGGCCCGGAGAGCGCCAUUGGCUCGCCUUUGGCAAGGAGUUGGGCAAGGACAAACUCAUCAAGACGUCCCCAAUUGCCGAGUCAUGCUACAAUGGCCCGCACCUGGAUCUUGACAAGUGCGCCUACGUGAGGCAGAUGUGGCCGGAUCAGGACUUCCAAACAAGCCAGCCCGUCGGCAGGCCGUACCCCUACAACAUCACCUGCGCCCCUGUGAACUACACGGCCGGCGAGACUCCCACGUCGUGCACCCUUGGUUCGCUGCCCGUCUACGCCGUCAACGCCACCAGAAGAGAAGACAUUGCCCGCACGCUUGCCUUCGCCAAGCGCAACAACAUCCGUAUCGUCGUCACCAGCACGGGACACGACCUGCUGGGCCGCUCUGACGGCUAUGGCGGCCUGCAAGUCUGGCUGCGUCAUUUCCGCAACGGCAUCUACUUCCAAAAGACGUUCAAGUCGGCCACCUCUUGCACCAAGUCCGGCUGGAAAGGAAGCGCUCUUCACAUUGACGGCGCAUGGCAGUGGCGUGACGUGUACAAGGUGGCCAAGGCGAACAAUGUCAUUGCCGUCGGCGGUGGCUCCAUUUCUCCUGGCGCCAUCGGCGGGUGGCCGUCCGGUGGCGGCCACGGCCCGGCCACCCGCAACUAUGGGCUGGGCGCCGACCAGAUUCUCGAGGCCGAGCUGAUGCUUGCCGAUGGCUCCAUUGUCAGGGCCAACCACUGCCAGAACACGGAUCUCUUCCGUGCCAUCCGCGGCGGCGGUCCCGGCUACGGCAUAGUCCUGAGUCAGCACAUCAAAGCCUAUCCCAACGUGAACGUGGUCACAGCGCAUCGGCUUGCUAUUGCCCCGCUCCAGCAGACCCCGGAGAAUGCGGACCUCCUCGACGCCGUCUCCGUUCUCCUUCAGCACUUCCCCGACCUCAACGACAAGGGAUAUGCCGGCUACGGGUUCUGGUUCCGCAAGUUCCCCAGGCCCUUCAUUGGUCAGACGCGGUCUGGCUACACCCACGGCAUCUGGACCAUUGGCAAGGGGCAGGCUGAGGCCGAGGCAGCCAUCAACAGCACGCUGAAGGCGCUUGAAAAGUUCCAGGACAAGCUGUUCAUCCAGUCGACCUUUGCCGAGUAUUCGGAUUACUGGUCGUUCUACGAGGCCGAGUCGGGUCUCUACGACCCGACUGGCUCGACAUCCAUCAUGACGUCGCGCAUGAUUGACCGGGACGCCGUCUUCGAUUAUCAAACGGUCCGCGACACGGUGGAGAUCAUCAGCGGCAAGCCCGAGGAGUACACGUCCAACGUCAUCAUGCUCGUCUCGGGUGGCCAGGUCUUCAAGGACGUCGCCGACAAGAAGUCGGGCCUGCACCCGGCCUGGCGGACCUCGCCCUUCGUCAUCAUCGCGGGCCGCGGCAUUCCCAAGGUCGCAAGCCGCCAAGUCCGACAUGCUGUCACGGACGACGUGACCGACGUCAAGGGUGCCGCCCUCAAGAAGCUGGCCCCCAACACGGGCGGCUACAUGAACGAAGGGGACCGCCAUGACCCGGACUACAUCCAGACCUUCUACGGCGCCAACUACAACAGCCACCUGGCCGCCAAGAAGAAGUACGACCCGCAACACGUCUUCUACUGCCCUACCUGCGUUGGGGCCGAGGCCUUUGUCGAGAGGCCCGAUGGGCCACUGUGCCGCGCGUCGUGAGCAGUUAUAUUACCCACAGU